UUGCCCUAAAUUCCCAAAUCCCAAUUUCCCUCCCUAAAUGAACCAUAUGCAAAUUCAUGCACGAUUCAAGAAUGUAUUUAACCCGCCACCUGCAGUAAUUCGCCCCAAUUAAUGGCCGUGUGGUGGCUAUAGGCCUAUAGCAGAAGUUCAACAUCACAAUCCCAAUUCCAUACGACGCUGCUCCAUAUUGUCACUUUUGUUGGAUGCGACUGUCCAAUUAUUCGUUUUUUCCACUUUUAACUGUUGAGAAGGGCUGAAAACGAUUCAACGGUGUGCAGACGUGACCCAUUUGGGCGUGCGCAGUUAGGGUUUGUUCGAUUGUUGACGAUUCGUUGAUGCCUUCUUUCUCCCCUUCAUCCUGUGCAGGUUUUUGAAGUGCAUAUUGGAGGAGGGGAAUGGAAGAGACGGGCCAGCUAAAAAGGGCUUUGAUUGACGCCUCAGCUGGUGCGAUUUCUGGGGGAAUUUCGAGAACGGUCACGUCACCCUUGGAUGUGAUUAAAAUUAGAUUUCAGGUUCAAUUGGAACCGACUGCCCAAUGGGCAUUGCUUCGGAGAGAUGUAUAUGGUCAAUCAAAAUACACGGGGAUGCUGCAAGCAACGAAGGACAUAUUUAGAGAGGAAGGCUUGAGGGGAUUUUGGAGGGGUAAUGUACCAGCCCUGCUUAUGGUUAUGCCAUACACAGCAAUACAAUUUACAGUUCUUCACAAAUUGAAGACAUUAGCUUCUGGUUCUUCCAAGUCAGGAGAUCAUAUCAAUAUAAGCCCAUACCUCUCUUAUGUUAGUGGGGCAUUGGCUGGAUGUGCUGCCACUGUUGGAUCGUAUCCUUUCGAUCUUCUAAGAACCAUUUUAGCUUCUCAAGGGGAGCCUAAGGUUUAUCCGAACAUGAGGUCUGCAUUGGCCAACAUACUUGAAACCCGUGGCUUUCGUGGGCUGUACGCUGGAUUGUCACCCACACUAGUUGAGAUAGUUCCUUAUGCUGGAUUACAGUUUGGGACAUAUGACACAUUCAAACGUUGGGCAUUGGCCUGGAAUAGACACGGAUACCCUUUUGCAUCCCCAUCUGUGAAUACGCUUACAAGUUUUCAGCUUUUCCUAUGUGGAUUAGCGGCCGGGACAUGCGCUAAAGCUGCUUGCCAUCCACUGGAUGUUGUUAAGAAACGUUUUCAGAUCGAAGGACUGCAAAGGGAUCAAAGAUAUGGUGCUCGGGUUGAACACCAUACAUACAGAAACAUGUCCGAUGCCCUUGUUAGAAUCCUACAAGCCGAGGGCUGGGCCGGUCUCUACAAAGGCAUCGUCCCGUCAGUCGUCAAAGCCGCGCCUGCCGGUGCCGUAACGUUUGUUGCUUAUGAAUUCACUUCAGACUGGUUGGAGUCCAUUUUGACUUAGAUUUUUCUUCACUCUUUUUUUGGUUUUUUUUGGCAACAGUUACUAUAUUCUUUUUGUCUUCACCACAAGAUAUAGUUGAGGGUAUUUAUAUUUGAUACCCACCCACCCACCCACCCCAGUUAGAGUGGGCUAUUGCUAUAUAAGUGUUUACGAGGUAGGCAGUAGUUUUAUUGCCUGGGAAAAGCUCCAAAGCCAUAGAGAUUUAAUUCUGAUGAGAUCUUAAGAUUGUAAUGGAAUUGCAGUUACCAUUUCUAUUUGAUGCAAUCAUAAGAUUCAAUAUUUUUUAAGUCGUUUGUAGUUUGAUCCAUCAAACCAUAGUUAUCCGUGUCGGAUUGCGUUACAUUGUA